AUGCCACAGUUAGCAGGCGGCGGCGGCGGGGACCCGGAGCUUUGCGCCACGGAUGAAAUGAUUCCCUUUAAAGACGAAGGAGACCCGCAGAAAGAGCAGAUAUUCGCCGAACUUAGUCACUCGGAGGAAGAAGGGGACCUGGCGGAUAUCAAGUCAUCUUUAGUAAACGAGUCGGAGACGAGUCCAAACAGCAACAGUCAUGAUGUGAUUAGACAGUCCCAAAUACCACAAGAUUCAUAUCACGAAAAACACAGAGACCAUCCAGAUGAUGGGAAGCACCAAGACAUAUAUGGUAAGGGUCAUCCAUACCCCGGCUACCCAGGCUACAUCAUGAUGACCAACAUGAAUAACGACUCCUACAUGAACAAUGGCUCCCUUUCACCGCCCAUGCCCAGAACGUCCAACAAGGUUCCCGUGGUGCAGCCGUCCCAUGCGGUCCAUCCGCUCACUCCGCUGAUCACAUACAGUGACGAGCACUUUGCCCCGGGGCCACACUCUGGACACCACCCCCAGGAUGCCAACAACAAACAAGGUAUGCCAAGGCAUCACCCAGGACCAGACAUGCCCAACUUCUACUCACUGUCUCCUGGGGGAGUGGGUCAGAUCACCCCACCACUAGGAUGGUUCUCUCACCAUAUGGUGCCAGGUCCCCCGGGUCCACACGCCACAGGGAUCCCCCACCCAGCCAUCGUCAACCCGCAGGUCAAACACGAGCCUCAGCAUGAAACAGACCUCAUGCAUAUGAAACCCCAGCAUGAACAGAGAAAGGAGCAGGAGCCCAAAAGACCGCACAUUAAGAAACCGCUGAACGCCUUCAUGCUCUACAUGAAAGAAAUGCGAGCCAACGUGGUUGCCGAGUGCACGCUGAAGGAGAGCGCCGCCAUCAACCAGAUCCUCGGUCGGAGGUGGCACGCUUUAUCUCGAGAAGAGCAAGCUAAGUAUUAUGAGUUAGCCCGCAAGGAACGGCAGCUCCACAUGCAGCUUUACCCAGGCUGGUCCGCCCGAGACAAUUAUGGAAAGAAGAAGAAGCGGAAGAGGGAGAAGAUCCAGGAACCGGCUGCAGGGGGGAAGAGGAAUACUUUCUCCACAUGCAAAGCGAAGGCAGCAGCUACGGGCCCUCUGUUAGAGAUGGAGGCCUGUUAA